ACAAGCAUUUUUUAGGUUUUCAUCUGAAACCAACAAUCAGAACACAAUCAAGAUGCUUCUCUCUGAGGCUGAGAAGGCUGCAGUUUUGUCUAUCUGGGCAAAAGCAUCUGGCAAUGUGAAUGCCCUUGGAGCUGAAGCUUUGGAAAGGCUAUUUCUGAGCUACCCUCAGACCAAGACUUACUUCAGCCAUUUCGACUUGAGCUCUGGAUCUCAUGAUCUCCAAGUUCAUGGAGGAAAGGUCCUUGGUGCCAUUGGAGAGGCUGCCCAACAUCUGGACAACCUGGAUGCUGCUCUGUCCAAGCUGAGUGACCUGCAUGCUUACAACCUGAGAGUAGAUCCUGGAAACUUCAGGUUGCUGUCUCACGCUAUCGAAGUUACUCUGGCUGUGCACUUUCCGGAUGACUUUGAUGCAACAGCCCAGGCUGCUUGGGACAAGUUCCUCGCUGCCAUCUCUACUGUUCUUACCUCCAAGUACAGAUAAGCCUGUGACAAAAUACAUCACAUCUACAGACCAUUUCGGGCACUCCACUGUCUUGAUAAAACCUUAAUAAAACUGUUCUCUUUAAA